GUCCCGAUGCCAUAUGGAUUUCUCUAUCGACACAGUUCGCAAUAAUCAACUCGUUUCUCUCCGAUUGCUCCUCCGAGUCCGAGACUCCGUUCUCUCCCGCAUCCACCGCCGUCUCAUCCCCAAUCCGAGCAACGCCUCCCCUCGCCUCCAAAACCCUACCCCUCCUGUCACCGGCGGGGGCAUGAACCGGUGAUCGCUUACCUGGUCUCGUCUGUCUGCGCACGCGCGAGGUCAGUGAGUGAGCAUUGCGGUGGUCCGAUCGCCCGCGGGGGGCCAUGGCGUCUGUGGCGGGAUCGGGCGGCGGGGCAAGCGCGGGGGCCGGUGGGUUGAAGACUUACUUCAAGACCCCCGAGGGGCGGCACAAGCUGCAGUACGAGAAGACGCACUCCCCCGCCGUCGUGCACUACAACCACAACGGCAAGACCGUCGCCCAGAUGACGGUGGCAUAUUUGAAGGAGAAGCCAGCAGGCCAGGGUUCCACGCCUUCAACACCAAGUGCUGGUAGUGGGAUGCGGUCUGCAGCUGCGAGACUGCUUGGCACUGGGAAUGGUAGCCGGACACUUAGCUUCGGGAGCAAUGGUACCAGCAGGGCUGUCUCAGGAAGCAGCCGCAUGGGUGGAGGUAUUGGUGUGUCAACUAGUGCAAGUGGAUCGCAAGGCAUGGCGAACUACGAUGGAAAGGGCUCAUACAUCAUAUUCAAUACUGCGGAUACGCUCUUCAUCAGUGAUCUCAACUCACAUGACAAAGAUCCAAUAAAGUCCAUCCACUUCAGCAGCUCAAACCCGCUUUGCCAUGCAUUUGACCCAGAGGCCAAGGAUGGACAUGAUCUGCUCAUUGGGGUGUUCUCAGGAGAUGUCUAUUCAAUGUCACUGAGGCAUCAGUUGCAAGAUCCUGGAAAGAAGCCUGUUUCAUACCAGCAUUUUGUUAAUAAAGACAAAGACAAAGAUAAAGAUCCAAGUCAAGGUGGCGCUGCCAGCAGUCAGUGCACCUGUGUUGCAUGGGUUCCGGAGCGUGAAGGAAUUUUUGUUGUUAGUCAUGCUGAUGGGAAUCUGUAUGUGUAUGACAAAUUCAAGGAUGGAAAUACUGAUUGGACAUUUCCAACUGUUAAGGAUCAAAGCCAGGUGCUAAUUUCACAUGCAAAGUCGAGUAAGGGCAAUCCAAUUGCAAGGUGGCACAUCUGUCAAGGUGCAAUCAAUGGCAUUUCCUUUUCACCGGAUGGUGCUUACUUGGCAACUGUUGGGCGAGAUGGUUAUUUAAGAGUAUUUGACUUCACGAAAGAACAACUAAUAUUUGGUGGGAAAAGUUACUAUGGUGCACUGUUGUGUUGCUCUUGGAGUGCGGAUGGCAAAUAUUUGUUAUCGGGUGGUGAAGAUGAUCUUGUGCAAGUAUGGAGCAUGGAUGACAGAAAGAUAGUUGCAUGGGGUGAAGGGCAUAAUUCAUGGGUUAGUGCAGUUUCUUUUGAUCCGUGUUGGUCCCAACCAAAUUCAGAUGAAACUGAAGAAAAUGUCAUGUAUCGCUUUGGGUCAGUUGGACAGGAUACCCAACUGCUUCUCUGGGAUCUGGCAUUGGACGAGAUUGCUGUCCCUCUACGCCAUCCUUCCGGUGGGUCACCGACAUUCAGUAGUGGAAGCCCUUCUGCACACUGGGAUAAUGCAUGCCCUCCAACCGGUGUUCUCCAACCCUCUCCACGGAUGCGAGAUGUGCCGAAGCUCUCACCUCUCGUUGCACACCGGGUACAUGUAGAUCCCCUAUCUGGCUUGGAAUUCACCAGUGAAUCAAUUGUCACUAUAUGCCGUGAGGGGCUAAUCAAAAUUUGGGCACGACCCAUCCAUAGUGAAAACAACCAGCAGCCAGAUUCUUCUGAACAGGUUAUAGGCAGUGCCACUGCUAAGGAUAAGAUGUUAACAUCGUCAAAUAAAGCAGGUGCUUUCAGCUCCAGCUUCAAGCAACCGCCAUCUGUUCUUUUCACAUGAUUGAAGAGGCUUUGCUAGCAUUUUUAUCAUGCUCGCUUGGCCAUGGCCAUUCAUCUAUCUUUUGUUACUAACUUGAGGUUAAACGGAGCAGAGUAGCUUGGGAAGGCUUGCAGUAAAGGAUUGAAGAGGCUUUGCUAGCAUUUUUGUUAGCCAUUUCUUAUCCUGCUUCAUCGGCAACGUUUCUAGUUACAGAAGUGUCAUUGUUGCCAUCAAUGUUGGCGAAAGAAAAUAACAGAACUUGCUCCUGUACAUAUACAGACAUUGCCAUAAGAUGAAAUAUUACAAGCUUACUGGUUUGAUAUUAUUUGUUUCUUUGGUGCAGUCAGGUGGGCAGCCGAUAGAUUCCCGCGUGAGAACAGUAUUUUUUCCUCAGUCAGGCAAUAUUUGGUUUUUGUCGGGGCACACUAACUGCUGUAAACGCUACUUAAGUUUAUACGUUAUACAGCAAUUCAGAAUUCAUUUCUUA